AUGGUCUUCUACACCAUCGUCAUUCUCCUCGGCACCACCGGGAACUCUGUGGUCAUCUGGGUGGCUGGUUUCCACAUGAAAUCCAACGUCACUAAAGUAUGGUUGGUCAACCUCGCAGUAGCAGAUUUGAUUUUCUGCUUGACACGAAUUUCUUCACUCAUCUCUAAAGUCUUCUUUGAUUACUGGCCUUUUGGAGUCUUUCUCUGCAAGUUCAAUGGUUUCAUUAAAUAUGCCAACAUGUUCUGCAGUGUUUUUCUUCUGGCUGUCAUCAGUGUGGAUCGAGCGCUUUGCAUAUGGCAUCCAUUUUUCACCAGGGAACGACGGACAGUAUGUGCUGCUCGUGUGGUCAGUGUGGGAGUUUGGAUCGUGGCUGUGAUCUUUAGUUCUCCAUACUUUGUUUACCGGCAGGUCUUUCCUGGCAAGAACAACUUAAGCCACUGCUCACUGAAGGUGAAUGGGUCAUCCGAGACUGGCAUUUCAACAAAGUAUGUCUACUACUUCAUUCGUUUCAUCUGUGGAUUCCUGUUGCCCUUUCUGAUCAUCUUUAUCUGCUACACACUGGCUGCUAUUGGGAUCCGCAGAUCAAGGCUCUCCAGAAAAGCAAAGCCUCUUCGCAUUCUUGCUGUUUUGGUCUGUGCCUUUUUCCUAUGCUGGGCUCCAUAUCACUUUCUAGGGCUGGUCAAAUUGGUGAAUAAAGACAAUGAGGUGGUAAAAAUAGGAUGGAAUAUGGCUUCAAACUUAGCCUAUUUCAACAGCUGCAUUAACCCAAUAUUGUACUUCUUCAUGGGACUGGAUGUUAGUCGACGAUGCAACCAAAGUUUGUCUGGGAUUUUUCGCAGAGCACUUAUGGAGGAAGGCCAAAGUCUAUCCCAGCAAGGUCAAAGAGUGUUUGUGCUGGUGCAAGUUCACAAGUUCCCCUUCAGAUUGGGAACUUCGACGUGUCUAGGAGAGACACUAAUGGGAGUGCAUAGAACGGCCAAUCACUCUGAAGAGUAA